GGGGAAAAAAUGGUGAAACAGACGAUACAGAUAUUUGGUCGCAUUAAACCUUCUAAGAAAACUACAGCGGUGUACUCUGUGGACAACGAUGAGCCGGCCGGUGCUUCCUUGGAGUUCCUGGUGCCCAGGGACGUGGCUGAGGGCUUUGUGAACAACAAGAGGGAGUGCUACAAGUUCAGGUUCCUGAAGGUGUUUGAUCAAGCUGUCAAACAAGAAGAGAUAUUUGAAAACAUCGCCAAACCAGUUGCAGACAGUGUGUUGGCUGGGUAUAAUGGCACCAUAUUCGCCUAUGGCCAGACCGGCAGUGGGAAGACCUUCACCAUCACAGGAGGGGCCGAGCGCUUCAGCGACCGAGGCAUUAUUCCCCGCACCCUCUCCUACCUGUUCCAACGCGUCUCCCAGGACAGCAGUAUGGUUUACACCACACACAUUUCCUACUUGGAGAUCUACAACGAGAUGGGAUAUGACCUUCUGGAUUCCCGACAUGAAGCAUCUCGACUGGAGGACCUACCAAAGGUACUGAUCAUGGAAGAUCCCGACCAGAACAUCCAUCUGAGGAACCUGUCCCUACAGCAGUCAGCCAAUGAGGAGGAGGCUCUGAACCUGCUCUUCCUGGGUGACACCAACCGCAUGAUUGCAGAGACUCCGAUGAAUCAGGCAUCCACGCGGUCCCACUGUAUUUUCACCGUGCACAUGUGCAGACGUGAGCCGGGCUCGGCCACCCUGCGGCGCUCCAAGCUCCACCUGGUGGACCUGGCUGGGUCGGAUCGAGUUAGCAAGACCGGCCUGAACGGGCAGCUGCUCACUGAGGCCAAGUACAUCAACCUCUCCCUCCACUACUUGGAGCAGGUGAUCAUAGCUUUGUCAGAGAAGAGCCGCUCCCACAUCCCCUACAGGAACUCCAUGUUGACCUCUGUGCUGAGGGACAGCCUGGGGGGCAACUGCAUGACUACCAUGAUCGCCACAGUGGCAGUGGACAAGAGGAACCUGGAUGAGUCCAUCUCGACGUGUCGCUUCGCUCAGCGCGUGGCUCUCAUCAAGAACGAGGCGAUACAGAAUGAAGAACUGGAUCCGGCCCUGCUAAUAGCCCGUUUGAAGAGGGAGAUCCAGUCUCUGAAGGAAGAGCUGGCCAUGAUGACAGGAGAACAGAGAGAUGAGCAGCUUACUGUGGAGGAGAUCCAAAGGUUGGAAGAGCUAAUCAAGGCCUUCCUUGAGGACCCUGAACCAGACGUGACACUGUCUUUGGGACCAGACAUGAGAAGAAUCCAGCACUGUUUCUCCCUUCUGAAGAUGAUGAUCACGGACGAGCAAAGUGGAGGAAGGAGACGCGGUGACGGGCGAGUGUCACCGGCAGCAGUAGAUGGAGAGAGCCCCCGCUCUGCAGCAGAGGUGACCAGACUGAAGGAGAUGCUGACGCAACGGGACAAUGAGAUCAGUAUCCUCGUGAAGAUGCUGAAGAAGGAGAAGAAAAGGUCCCAGGAAGCAGCUGCUCAGCUUGCUCACAUCCCCGAUGGCCAGAGCCCGGCCCCCCAGAGGGCCCCGAGGGCCCCGAGGCUGACGGCAGUGCCACAGCCGAGGGAGGGAAGCACGGACACCAUCUCAGCUGACCAUGAAGGACGAGCUAUACAGUACAUGAAAAGAGGUCCACAGCUGUCUAUGGGGAAGCAAGAAGCCUUUGAGACCUUCAUAAGGGACCAUGAGGACCAUCUGACCAUUAAGGACAACAAGGAGCUUCGCAAACAGAGGUCAGCUGAGGCCAGAAGAACUUGGGAGAAACUGAACGAGGCCAGAAGCCGAAUGAAUGAGCUGAAGAAGCAGUUGGCGUUGCAGAGGAGGCAGAGGGCAGCUCUUAGUGUAACGGAGAAGCAGCCAAAGGUCGAGGGCGAGGUCGAGGUCGACCCGGUGGAAGAAAAGCUGUGCAGAGACAUCGAGCAAGACAAAAAGGCCUACAAGAGCAACAUUGGCCGGCUGAGAGAGCUGAGGACAGAGAUUGAGCACCUGCAGCUGUUGUCGGAGAGGGCAAAGGUCAAGCUCCAGAGAGACUUCCAGAAGUGGUGGAGCCAGGAGUCCUCCAGCGUGCAGGACUCAGGGGCCACGGACAGAUGUCCUGCAGGGUCGCCACGUGGAGCCUCGCCGCCGCCUUCGCCGAGCACGGCAGGAUAUCGGGCACCUGGUCCGAGCAGCACCGAGUGGGAGUCUCCGGCCGAGCCAGAACCAGAUCAAGCCCUCAGAAGGGUCGUCCCCAAAAGCGCAGCUCCCUCUGCGGCCGUCCCAGCAGGACAGGACGAGCCCCCGGACGGCAGGCCGACUGACUGCACUCCUCCCUCUGAGUGGAGGGCCCUCUCCACCACCAAGCUCUCCUCCGCCUCCAUCCCCCUGACUGGAGACCAGCAGACUGAUGCUGACAUCCUGGCCUUUGUCAGAGCCAGACAAAACCUCCUGAACAGGACAGGCCAACCUCAGUGAUAACAUGAAGUUCUGAUGAAGGUCUGAAGUUAUCGUCAUCUGACUGCGAGCGCCACCUGACCAAGUCUGACCUAAAAACGUGUAUAAGACACUACUAUUAAGAAAAGAGAGACUGUCAAUCAAGAUGUGUGAAGAAAUGCUCUCAUCGGGGUCCAAAACAUACAACACAAAGCUCACAUCCUGUCUGACUUUAUUUUUACACACACACACACACACACACACACACACACACACACACAGACACAC